AUGAAUCACCUCAAGCUGGUUGUGGUCGGUCCAAACGAGUGUGGCAAAUCAUAUAUCUGCAAUUAUCUUUCAGAAACUGUAGAUCAGGUUACUGGUGGAUAUCAUCCAACCAGUGGUGUCAGAAUAUUAGAAUAUGAACAAAAAGUCAAGAUAAAAGGAAAAACCAGUAAAGUUGAAGUUGAGCUAUGGGAUGCCAGUGGAGAUAAAAAGUAUCGAGCAGUGCCGCCUAGUUUGGGCCUGAGCGAACAGCAGAUGUGCAUCAUUUGUCACAAAAAACCAGACACAUCAAUUCGUGACCCGGUUUCUCUGCAUGACCUGCAUAAAAUACUCCACUUGUUUUCUAACAUACCAAAAGAUGGGGAACGACUCAGAGAACAGUUUGGAAAAUUUGUAUCACAUUUAGCAUGGGGCAGAGUGGAGGCGAGUGAACAAGAAGAGCUUCAAAUAAUGAAUAGUUAGAGAUAUAUGAUUGGAUUGCGGCAAUCAUGUCUAAACAUUCUCACAGGACUUCAGAUUUGUCGUUAUUUUUUGAAGCUGUGCAAGCAGGGAAGCUUCCAAUUUAAUGAUCACGUUCCAUUUGGAUAUUUACAAGUAUCAUGUAUAGUUGAUCUUCUGAAGUAGAAAUACUUCAUUCUACAAAGUCUUAUAAGUAAUUCACUGGUUACUGUGCGUCAGCAACAAUAUUUACCUCAGUAUGACCUUAAUACAGUGUCGAGAUUGCUCAUACAUAAAGAAUAUAUCUUGAAAGUGGACUGUUUUGAAUUUAUCUUAAUUAGUCAACUGUAAUACAAAAAGCUAAUAAAUCAUUUUAAUCGUUAUAUUUCUA